AUGGCUGCUCGCUACGCUAAGAGGGGCGCUACCCCUGCUGGUAGGGGAGGGACUGCCGCUGUGCUGGUGGCGCUCCUCAUUGCAUCCCUGGCGGGCACGGGGCCUGACCUGGUGGCUGCGGCAGGCACGGCUGCUGAAGUCGCACACCGGCGAGCUCUGCGCCAACAACAGCCGCCGCCAAGCGCACAGGCGACGUCGCAGGCCUCUGCCUCCUCAAACGCCGGCCAGGCGGUAGCGGAUGCGCGGUCCUUCGCGCAGGUUGCCGGAUCAGGCAACGCCCAGGCGCUUUCCCAGGCCAUCGUGGGUGCCGGCGGCGGCGGCGCCGGCGGCGGCACUGGCGGCGCAGCAGCACAAGGACUUGCCAACGCCGCUGCGCAGGGCGGAACGGCGCAGAACACUGCGGCACAGGCCAUCGCUCAGGCGUCCGCCGAGUCCCAGGGAGCCGCCGCCAACACGGUUGCUAACGCGCUGGCGGCUGCCCAGGGUCAGGGCAGCUCGCAGGCCCUGGCGCAGGCACUGGCCCAGGCCGCCUCGCAGAGCCCCAACGCCCAGCAGGCCGUGGCGGAAGCGAUUGCGAAGGCUGUGAGCUCCGGAACCGGUUCUCAGGCUGCGGCUCAGGCGCUGGCGCAGGCAGCUGCCUCGGGAGGUGGCUCGGCGAAGGCGGCUGCGGAGGCCAUUUCCAAGGCCGCCGCCAGCUCCCCCUCGGCCGCCGCCACGGCCAUCGCCCAGGCCCUUUCCCAGGCUCAGCAGACGGGGGGCGCGGGUCAGGUGCAGGGAGUGGGUAACGCCCUGACGCAGGCCGUACAACAGGGAGGGCCAACCACCGCAACCGCAGUGGCGCAGGCGUUUGCGCAGGCGGUAUCUGCCGGCAACACCACUGCCGUCGCCAAUGCCAUCGCCAGCGCCGCCGCCUCCGGGGGAUCAUCCGCCACAGCGCUAGCACAGGUCUUGGCAGCGGGUUAUGCUGCGGGCAGCGGCACCACCACCGCCAUCGCUCAGGCUCUAGCUCAGGCAUAUAGCCAGAACCCCAAUGCGGUGUCCAGUGCCAUCGCCCAGGCUCUGGUUCAGUCUAACGGCAACAACUCCGCCGUAGCGGGCGCGGGUGCGGCUGCAGCUGCCGCCCUGGCCAGCGGCACCUCUUCCGGGCUGGGCGCUGCGUACGCUCAGGCCCUGGCUCAGGCGGUUGCCAGUUCUGGAUGUGGUGGGGUGGCCAACGUCCUGGCAGCUGCCCAAGCCGCCGCCGCCUCGUCCGGUACCGGUCAGGCCGUGGCUCGGGCCCUGGCGCAGUCUUCUGCGGUGGCGCAGUGCGCCCCUCAGUCAGGGGGCAGCGCCAAUGCCAAUGCCAAUGCAGUCGCGCAGGCAGUUGCCGGUCUGGGCAGUGCAGUUUCGGGUUGAAAAAGACACUGCGGCCCGUGUGAAAUGGUUGACAGGAAGGGACAAAACGCACCGACCGCAAAACGUGUGUUGUUGUUAGGUGCAGAGCAAUCUAUCAAGCAUUACAGCAGUUGUCGUUGUUGUUGCGGCAUGCUAAAAAAGAUUGUGUCGGCGCCUUUUCGCCCUGAGAGGUUUUGCAUGAACUGGUUCAAUUGGACUAGACAUGCAUGGGAAGUAUCUAUCAGGAGUAGGUUCACCAUCAACACCACCCGAAAGAAGAUGCGUGAAGGGUUUGUAUUAAUGACCACCUUUUCAUGUGGGUUGCAAGUGGAUAGGGUAAAAUCGCAAGAAGCGCGGUGUGGUAUAUUACAAUUGUUUGAAAACGCAUAUGAUCCGCGCGGUCGAUGUAACGCUUGCCGGUGCCGGUGUCCUGGAAUUAUCCAGAGGUGUGAAGUUGUACUCUAGGAAUUGCGCCGCCUACCUGUGUGUGUGUGUGUGGUUAGUGGAUUACUGCCGACAACGUGAGAUUGCUGGAUGUCGAGAUUCGGGGAACUGAUGAAACCGGGUUCGAACGCAUGACG